AUGGCAAAUGCAUCGGAAGUGGGAGAGACGAGAAGUCGACUAGCAGCGGAAACUGCUGAGAAGGCCCAACUUAUCACUGCAUUGUUGCCUGCAGCACAGGAUGCAGCCGCUUUUGACUUAAAGGAAAUGUUGAGCCGCUACAAGGAAGUUAUCCUUCUGAAUGAAGAGUUGUUAACCGGCUGCCAUGUACGUCGAGCCAUACAGGAACAGGUUGUAGCUUCACUUAGAAACAUACACGUAAUUUUACGACAUGCAGCAAGAUUAAGAGUUGGUAAGUACAGCAAGGCUGUGAUUACGGCUUGCAGGAAGGCCGUGCAGGACAAUAACACCGAUGUGCUGAUUAAGAUACUUCAAGUCGGCGAUUGU